AUUACACGCGUAACCAAAACGCCGUUAUGGACGUUGUGGAUAUGCAUGAUCUAGAAACGGGUCGCUUGACUGAUCGCGGAUCGCAAGUCUCAGCCAACCUGAGUGGGUCUCACCAUGACCCAGUCAAGAAAAUGACGCUCUGCGAUGAGGUCGGAGGAUUUGUCUUCCUUCCCCGUGCCCGCUUGUAGCUUGUUGGAGCGAUAAAUCUACCCACGACCUGACAAAGAUGCCAACAUGCCGUCCUUGGGUAUGAGACCUCUUCGAUAAAUACCCAUCGUUGCUCGAGUGCUUUGUUUUGCAUUUUCGUGUCAAUAUGGGGAAGGGGGAGCUCGACCCCGCGAUGGGCUGUUUCAGACGACUGCUAGGUGUUGGGUUCGGUCGUCGCCACAGUCGAACCCAAUCUUUAUCCAGAACACCUCCGAUGUCGGACCACUCAACAGUCGCUUCGUCGCUCACAACACUGGAGAAGAACGAGCAAGCGCCGCCGUACUAUGCCACUCAUGCAUGUACUUUCUGUGGUCGGAACCGUUCUUCUUCUGAGGAUACGCUUCCUAUUCAAAGCAAGCGCCAGCGAGUGACCGUUCCACCGUACUCGACCCGUGCAUCUUCUGUGAAUGCGGAGAAUUUCCAUGACUUUCUCGGGCAGGAUAUUCUGAAGACUAUUGAGGCGAGAAUCGAUUCUCUGAGCCCUGAACUUCGCGAACUCAGUCUGGACAUAUGGGAACAUCCCGAGGUCGCCUAUGAAGAAAGACACGCUCACGAUGUUCUGACCAAAUUCAUGUCCAGCCAAGGUUUCACUGUUACACCUCACUACCUUGGGCUAGAGACCGCCUGGAAAGCUAUCUAUUCUCGCGGUGGGAAGAAUGGUCGAGUCAUUGGUAUCAAUUCCGAAAUGGACGCCCUUCCGGGAAUUGGUCAUGCGUGUGGUCAUAAUCUCAUCGCCGUUUCCGGUGUCGCAGUCGCAGUUGCUCUCAAGGCUGCGAUGGAGACACAUGAUAUCUCCGGAACUAUCAUUUUGCUUGGUACUCCAGCUGAAGAACAUGGUGGCGGAAAGAUCAAACUUCUCGAGCGUGGUGCGUACAAAGAGAUGAACUAUCGCUACGUUAGGUCCCACCCCAGCCCCGGACCUGCCAAUACCGCCCUCGUUGCUCCUUGGCUCGCCUUACAACCUCUUGAAGUUGAAUUCUUUGGUCACGGUGCUCAUGCAGCCUAUUCCCCUUGGGAAGCCCAGAAUGCACUUGAUGCGGCUUUCUUAGCGUACUCCAACGUGUCUGUACUUCGACAACAACUGAAGCCGACCUAUCGAGUCCAUGGUAUUGUUUCUGGCAAGGAUUGGGAACCGAAUAUCAUCCCGGACUAUGCCAAGAUGAGAUGGAUCAUUCGCGCACCUACCUGGGCAGAACUCGAGGGUCUUCGUGCUCGUAUCACAAACUGCUUUGAAGCCGCCGCACUCGCUACUUCGUGCAAAUGCAAGAUCAUUCUGGGAGAUGGUUACUACGAUGUUCGUGAGAACGACGUACUCGGUGAAGAGUUUUGUAAAUUCAUCGAAGAACAGUUCGGAAUGAACGCCGACUCAUCCAGCCAGACCAUACCGGCUUCAACUGAUUUCGGAAAUGUUACUUAUGCUUUGCCGUGCAUUACUCCUACUUACAACAUUCCCACCAAACCAAACGGGAGUAAUCAUACCCCUCAAUUCGCAGAGUCGGCCAAAGAUCCGGCCGCCCACAAGGUAGCAAUGACCGCUUCGAAAGGAUUGGCUGCUACUGCUCUCCGAGUGCUACAAGAUGAAGAGUUCUAUCAGCGGGUCGUGAAAUCGUUCGAAGGCGAACGAGCUUGAUUACACUUCACGCACUGCUGGAAUGCCAUGAAGUCGCCACUGACUUUGGCUGUUAAUGUCACAUGCACACUUUCAACCGUCACCUGCUUGAUGCACGUGUACUGCAUUCUUGUUUCCAUGUCGUCCGGCGCCGUCCUGAGGCUUCUGGUCUUCAUUGCUGGACUUUGGGACCAGAGAAUGAGGGCGGUUCUUGACCAUGGAUUGUAUAAUAUGUGAGGCAACUUGUGCUCGACUAGAGUUCAAAUGCUAGUUUCCGGUGACCCGAUCGAAGUAACCUGGAAGUUUGAAGUACCGCACCAGUUCUCGACUCGGACAACUUAUGACCGCACUACAGCCGAAGUCAGGGCGCAGUUCGGAAUGUUGGAGCUCCGAUAAGAUUAUGGCAUUUAUGAAGCUAUUACCAAAUCGAGAAGUGUCUGUCCUAAUGCGGAAAUGUUUUAGCCGUUCUUGCAUG